CUGGGUUUGGUUUAAGACUUUCAGCCCAGUAGGUGACAUUUUAUUGUGGGUUUUCAGGAAAUGACAGCUGUCAUUCAUCAAUGAUUUGUAGUUUAUGACACUUUAUUAGCAAUAACUGCCGUCUCGUUAUCUCCCGUCUGCAAGUCCCUGGACUGUGCCACCCCCUGGUGGUGAUGCGAGAUGAGGCCCAUUUCCUGUUAUUAUCCCCAGCGGAAGCUUUCCAGAGUAAGAGCGAGCGCUCGUCAUUCGUGCGCUUUGGCUUCCCGGAGAACCUCUGGUAUUUGGGUCCUUCCGUGCACGGAUUUGCAGGACGCCUGCAUCGAUUUAAUCCUAGCUGGCCGGAUUUGUCAGGGCGAGCCUCGGAGUUUCCUUUCACUGGGCUGAAUUGAGAGAAUGUCCUCGUCUCUCUUCAUAUACUACGGAUACCGACAGUCUUGAUCCGAACAGUGAUCUUUGCUGUGAAUCAACAAAGCUGGGGAUAGAGCUGCGAACGCGACUUAGCAGUCGCGAUGCAUCGGGUGAAUCCCUCGGAGGAAAAACAGUGCAAGUCUUGACAUGCCAGAUUUCAAUUUUUUCCCUUACAAUUGUAAACUGAAGUCCAUUACACAGAGGACCUGUUGGUGAAAGAAGAUUCAUCUCUUCAUAUAGCACAAGACAAUGGAUGAAUGUUCAGCUGGCUUUGGACCCUUCAUUCAUUUUAAAUGGGGCUAGAAUAUUCAAUUCUUUUUAGAGCUUUUAUAGGUCAAGUGCAAAAGACGACUUAUUCAUAUUUAAGGUAGUUUGUUUCACAACUGAUAAUGAAAUGCAUCAUUUGUGAAAUAAAUUAUCAUUUGGCAUUAGUGUUACAACUAAAUUUUUGUUUUUGUGUGUUGUUGCACAUGUUGUUGCUUGACAGUGUCAUUAUAAAAGAAAAAAUUGCAAGAAGUGAGGCAUGGAAACAAGUUCUUCCUGGUCAAUGAUAUCAAAAUGAGGACUGCCCAAAUUAUUUUUUUCUCCUGAUGAACUGCUGCUGAUCUAUCCCUGGGAGUAAAGUUCAGUUCCGGAAAUCGAUGAAAAUAUUACAGUGUGACGUUCAUGGCAGCUUUUUCUUUGCUUGCUCUGCUUUCUCUAUGUCUUCCUAAAAAAUGGGCUGACAACUAGUUGACUCUUGUCCUGCUCAGAAAUGAGUUCCAGUCUGUUGCGGGGCAAGCAGUUCUACUGCCGGGAGUGGGCACUUUUGAAACUUCAGCAUUGGCUGGAAACUCGAUCUUCAGGCCGUGUUGCAGGAGUUCUGGUAACCGGAGGGUCAGGUAGUGGAAAAACAGCUUUCUGCACAGAGAUUCUCUGGCCCACGUCUGAGACAGGAAAAAGUGUUAAUCUUGCUUCCCGCUGUUUGACUUAUCACUUCUGUCAACAAGAAGAUACCAGAACGUUACAUGUGCACAGGUUUAUUCUGGGACUAGUUGAGCAACUUCGUCAGAGUCCAUUAUUGCAAGGGUAUAAUGAAAAAUUGGAGGAUCCCUCUGUGCAGGCGGCUUUGGAGCCAAUCCAAUGUGAAAGAGACCCUGAUGAAACCUUUAAAAAAGCUGUAUUGUUACCCUUGUUGGAUCUGACACCUCCAUCACAGAGCCUGUUGCUGCUUGCAGAUUCACUAGAUGCUGGGCCAGUGCCAGGAACCGGGGAUGGUCAUGUUAUUGGGAAAAGCAAUACAAUUGCAGAGCUGCUUUGUAGCCAUCAGCAGCUGUUUCCAUCAUGGCUACUUCUUGUUUGUUCUGUCCGCCGACAGAAUAAGCUUGUUAGUAAGAUGUUCUCAGGAUUUCGUAAACUAUGUCUGGAUGAUCUACGCAAAGCCCACAUAGUUCGUGAUGUGCAGCAGUACAUUCUAUGGAGAUUAGACAAGGAAGGAGCACUGCGAAGACACCUGACCCGGGAAACAGCGGACAUGCUAAAUCAGUUGCACAUUAAAAGCAAUGGUUGCUUUUUGUUCCUUGAACGUGUAUUAGAUGGAGUAGCUGACAAUUUUGUUGCAAUUCGUGAGAUUCGAGAUAUUCCUGGAACUUUAAAUGGUCUCUAUCUGUGGUUGUGCCAAAGACUGUUUCCUAGAAAACUCUUCUCUAAAGUACAGCCCUUGUUGAAUGUACUACUAGCUUCUCCACGACCAUUAACACUGGAUAAGCUCUUUACAGCAGUGUGGACAAAAGAUACUACGCUUACAUUUACUGAUUUUCAGCAUAAGUUAGAAGCACUGUCAAAAUUGCUUGUAGAUGGGCCUUGUGGCUCUAAACUUCUGUUCCAUGGAAGUUUUGCAGAGUGGUUGACAGAUGUCAAAUACUGCACGCAGAAGUACCUGUGUAAUGUGGCAGAUGGUCAUACAAUGCUGGCAAUGUCUUUAUCACUACGAAGUUUGUGGUUAUCACCAGAAGGAGUGUGUGAGCUUGCAUCCCACCUUGUAAAUUCCAAUAUUCAUCAAGACAACCCAACUCUUCUUGCCUUGUGGAUGGUGUGUAUUGAUGUCCCUCCUUUUUCUAGAACGUCUGACAUUCCAGAGCCAUUUCUUCCAGCUCCCAUUCAGCAGGAGGUACUUCAGUUGCUUGUCAAGGCUGGAGUUUACCCUUCAUCUUCCAACUGUAGCCACAAUUAUACAUUUGAUGUUGGUUGUGCUGCUAGUGGUGGAGUAAUACGAAAGGCAUUGGAGCGGGAGGAUUCUGUUAGAGUUCUUUUGGAAAAUGGGGCCAGUGUGAACCAGGUAGAUCCAGUGGAUGGCCGCACCUUACUGGCCAGUGCAUCUCAUGCAGGUUCUACAGACGUUGUUUCACUCCUUCUGUCCAAAGGAGCAGAUCCUACAAUCCAAGACUACCAAGGACAGACCCCUUUAAUGUUAGCAGCAAGACAAGGACAUGCCCGAGUGCUGCAGUGUCUGUUAGAAUGGGCUCAGAAAGAUGGAAGAAGGUUAGAUCUAGUUGAUCAUGCAGAUCGUGAAGGGUGGACAGCAUUACGUUCUGCUGCAUGGGGAGGGCAUGCAGAAGCAGUAAGGAUACUUUUAGAAGCUGCAGCUGAAGUAGAUGGUAGUGAUUCUGAGGGAAGGACAGCCUUGAGAGCUGCAGCUUGGGGUGGACAUGAAGAAAUUCUUCAAACUCUGCUUGACCAUGGUGCCCAAGUAGAUCAUCCAGACAAAGAGGGUCGUACUCCACUAAUUGCAGCAGCCUAUAUGGGUCAUUGGGAAGCUGUUGAAUUGCUGUUGGAUCAUGGUGCUGUAGUUGACUUACAAGAUUCUGAUGGUCGUACUGCACUUUCUGUAGCAGCACUUUGUGUGCCUUCAGCAGCAGGACGUGGUUAUGGAGAAGUAGUAAGCCUACUAUUAGAACGGGGGGCUGAUCCAGGACAUAAAGAUCAUGAUGGAAUGACUCCAUUGUUACUGGCAGCGUAUGAAGGUCAUGCAGAAGUUGUGGAACUGCUCCUUGAGGCCGGUGCAGAUGUAGAUGAACCUGCAGGACCCCAAGAUGGUGGAGGCAACAGCUGUACUGCUGUAACACCAUUGCUUGCAGCAUCCUCAAUGGGCCACAAGAAUGUAGUAUACACCCUUCUGUUUUGGGGUGCAGCUGUUGAUGCAAUUGAUGGUGAAGGCCGCACAGCUCUUAGUCUGGCAGCAGCUCGAGGAAGUGUGGAGGUUGUUAGGAUGUUAUUAGACCGUGGUUUAGAUGAGAAUCACAGGGAUGAUUUGGGAUGGACUCCACUUCAUGCAGGAGCAUGUGAAGGUCAUAGAGGAGUUUGUGCAGCCUUAACAGAAAGAGGUAGUGUGGCUAGAGUCACUGAAUUAGACAAUGAAGGUAGAACUCCUCUAAUUUUGGCUGCUCAGGAAGGACACCUGGAUUGUGUAAAGCUUCUUCUAGACCGUCGUUCAGUUUUGGAUCAUCGAGGCUAUGAUGGACGUUCUGCUUUAAGUGCAGCAGCUUUAGAGGGGCAUGCUGAUGUUGUUGAAUUACUGUUAAAGCGUGGUUCGAAUGCUGAUGUGAAAGAUUCUGAAGGUAGGCCCCUUUUAUAUCUGUUAAUGCUGGAAAGAAUCCUCAGUGUUGCCAAAGUUAUGUUGGAAAAAGGUAAUGUUCCAUUGGAGUCUAAGGAUGCAGAAGGGCGGACAGCUUUGCAUGUGUCGUGCUGGCAAGGGCACCUGGAAAGCGUAAACUUGUUAUUGAGUCAUAAAGCAGAUGCUAACGCUGUAGAUGCAGAGGGGCGUCCACCGUUACAUUCUUCAGCUUGGCAAGGCCACGUAGCCGUUGCUCGACUCUUAAUUGAGACAGGGAACGCCAAUGUAGAUCAGGCUUGUUCUCAACAGGGAGCUACAGCAUUAUGUAUUGCUGCUCAGGAAGGUCACACAGAGGUUGUUCAGAUUCUUCUGGAGAAAGGGGCAAAUCCUAAUCAUGCCGACCAUUAUGGGCGCACUCCGAUCAAAGUUGCAGGUAAAAGGGGCCAUAGUAAAAUUGUUAGAAUGCUAGAAAGUUAUGGAGCCCCUACUUAUUGUGGUUUUCUUCCCCCUUCCCCUCUAUCUCAACAAAAGAUGACUUCUACUUUAAGAACUCAGUCUUCAGGAGUCACAUCUACAAGCUCAGGAAGCCCUGGGGGAGCAUCUAUAGAACAUAAACCCCCUCCUUCCCUUCAGCAGUAUCCUCAGGCUACCUCACCUUCAGGUUCUCCUGAAUCCACCACUGAAAGGUCCAAAUCUCUGGUAGUAUCUGAAAACUCUCUUCAGAGUUCAAAGGCAUCAUCUUCUACAUACCACUCUCUUGCCACCGCACACACAGUUCCUGUGGAUAGUCUAAGUUUCACCCAGCAAAUCCAGCAACAUUCAUUGCCACGCAGCCGAAGCCGUCAUUCCACUCUGGUGUCCCCAAACUCAACCUUGCUAAGUAAUGGCAUCAAAUCCAAAGGGAACCAAAAAAACGUAGACCUGUCUGCUAUUGUUGCUUCCUCUAGGCAUUGGAUUCAUACACCUCUUUCUAACCUUGGCCUGGAGCAGAUUACCACAGAUGGUAUAAAAAAGAGUCCUACAAAUAAGAUUGGGGUGAUCCCAAGCAGUUUUCCAGAAAAGGUAGAAAGCCCCCAGCAUACUGGAGGAAGAUGGAACUCUGUUAUGGCCUCUUUAGGUGUAACUCCCAAAAAUGACAGUCCUUCACAUCCCUUGAGAACAAGAGAUAGUCCACCUUUGGGGUACCAUUUGUUAACAGAGCCUACUCAACAAAAAAAUGGAGAUGAAAUUAACAAACCAACCAUCACAUCUCCUCUGCCCCCAGCCUGCACUAACACAAGGAGUCCUUCCAGUGCCUUGCUACCUAAGCCUAUGAUUGCCAUAACAACGUUGGACCCUCAACUAAACCUCAAGCAGGCUAUCAAGCUUCAGUUUGAAGGGCCAACCAGUGCUUUGAACUACAAGAGAGAGACACCACUUUGAGGGCUUAUGCAAGUCUGGUGAAGCUAUUUUCUACUUUGGUUCAGUGCUCAAAUGGGGGAUGAUUGUACCAAAUUAUGCUCAUACCUUACUCCAGUAUCAAGGACAAUCAGAAUCUUCUUGUUUACCUUCUUCCCCCUGGCAGAGGGGAGGAAUGUUAGAACCUUGGAUAUCCAUGGGGCUUACACGUGUAGUUUUUCUGAGAGGCACUUAAAACUGUAUGCUGUGUCUCAUGUUUACAUUUCAUUUAUAUCCUUUAUCUCAAGCACAGGGUUCAGCAGUUUCCUGCCAAAAAGCACUGUGCCCCUUUUGUACAGUCAAGGUAUUUAGCCUUAAUUUAACAUGCCGUUUUCAUCCUAACCUAUGAAUGUGGGAUUUCACUGUAUAUGCCAUUGUGUGUGUUUAAAAAAAAAAAAAAAAAAUGUGGGGUAUGACUUGGGUAUUUGGGUGACAGCUUUCAUUUUGCAAAAUAAUCCUGACACAAAAGGUCUUUUGUUUGUACUCUGUUGGUAUAUUUAAGCUUAUGGCCACAUUUAUAAACUUUAAUUUUUGGCUUUUGCAAAUAUUUCAAAAAAAGCAUUAGCAUUAAAAUGACAGUGUCAGAAUGGAGGCUUAAAUAAUAUGCCAGCAAACUGUGAAAGCAGACCAGGAAAACUUUGUAUGAAAGAUUGACCUAAAUUUAUCAUGCACAAAAUGCAUAAAAGUGAUUGCAUAAUGAAUAUGUUUCAUAAGAAACAAUAUUUUGCUUCUCCCGUAGCAUUUUAAAAAUGUAAAUUAUAUUGUGCAAAUAGAAGAGUGACCUAAAUCCUGGUGAGUGUGCUACUGGUGUCCAUUUUACAGUCAUAAUAUUACAGUAUGUUACAUUAAUAUUGUAAGUAAAAAGCACCAGAGCCUGUUAUCCUGUAUUGCACUUACAUCUGCUUCAGCCCUUUGUCAUUGCUAUGGGCUGAAUAAGCAGAAGCCUUAUUAGACAGUAAUGCAUUAUGGUCUGUAUAACAAGUAUCAAGUGAUGUCAGCAUUGAAUGCAGAGAAUAUAGCCUUAAGAGAAAGAGAGACUUUUUUUUUGUCCCCAUCAUGGCAAGACUUAAAUGUAGACCUAAAGUACUUUUAGUUUUUUUGCAUGACAGUUAUUUGCAUUAAAUUAUACUGUAUAUCCCCUGCAUUGUAGGGGUGACUGCUUGAAUUCAGUUUGCAUGAAAACAUCUGCUUGGUGCACAGAUAUUUUAGGUUAAUAUGGACUGCACAAUUAUUACUUCAUGAGAGGGAACAAUUAUUUGUUAAAAAGGAUAACAUAUUUUAAGUAGAAUAUAUAAUAGACAAUAUAACCAAGCAAUCCAAUAUACUGUAAUCCAAAUUAUGAUUUUUUUUUUUGGUCUCUCUUCAUUACCCAAGUAAACUAAACAUUUUAAGUCCUUAUGGCGAAGAGGGCAGAGGCUAUUGUGUUCAUCUUGUUUAUGACAAAUAAGAUCACAAAUGCUCAUGUAGAGUGAUUACUAAAUGCACAUUCAAUGAGUUUUUUUCUGGCACAAUUCUAUUAUUUGCACCAUAUGUAAGAUUGUAUAUAAUAAAGUAAUGGCUGGCCUUAAACUGUAAUGUUGUAAAAUUAAUGUUCAUUAAGUAUGUGAGCACUAACUUAAAUAUAUUUAUGUUAAUUUUUUAUACAUGCAUUCUGAUAAGUGCUUGGAUAUGACAGUAGCAAGAUAAUCCUUUUCAUUUAUCCUUACUGUAUUAAAAUUUAUACAUUAGGGUUUGUCAAAUCAUUUUUCCUAUCAGUGUGGUGUAGUGAAAUGGAACAUCCUCUGAUUACAGUUAUUUCAUAUUUCUUUUUGUUAAUGGAAAUGUUUGUUGAUACCCUUCUAAGUACAAGGUUGUAUGAACAUUUUAUUGCACUUUAUUCAGGGUUAAAUUUAAGACAGAUUUUUGUGCCUUUUAAGGUAUAUUUCUACUUCUUGAUUGAAUGAUACUUGAUCUUUUUAUUAUUAAUAUUUCUUUGUUACCAUUUUUAUGUACCUUUUGGCCCUCAGAUGUUUAUUUUAUUAUUUGGUUUUGUGUUACUUUCCCCUUAGUAGUCUUAGCAUGAAUAUCUGAGACACUUGGUGAUUUAAAAACAAAAAAAUGCAAUGAGAGAAUGAGGAUGAGAGAACAAUUUGGUUAAAUGGAUAAUAAACUUUAUAUGUUAAAUUGUUGCAUUGUAUAAUCAAAAUUAUUUUAUGUGGAAAACAAAUGUGGAAACAUCAAGGUUAUAACCACUAUGCAGAUCUUAUUAUUGCAAUUUUUUUUAUAUUUUAAGUACAUAUAAUUAUGUGAAAAUUGCCUACUCCAGAAAAGCACUUUUUCAUUAGCAAUUGAUGUAUAGUAUGUGCAAAUAAUUCUUUAUUCUCACCACUGAAAAGCACAUGAAAUGAGGCAGUUUUGCAUUAGCUCGAUCAAAUAUUUAGGAAGUAUUCUUUGGAGACCUGUUGUUUUGAGAUUUGUUUUUAUACUGUAGAAGAUGUUAUGUGUUUGUGUAUGUUGUUGUUUUUUUUGUUUUUUUUUAACUACAGUAUAAUGAACAUGAAUGAUUUAAUGAUCUUUUUAAAUUCAAGACUGUUGCUCUUUGGCCAUUGUUAAAAACAUGGCAUGGUCUCCCAUUAUUUAGCCCCUUGGUUUCAUUUAAGCAUACUUUUUUUUUUUUUUAAGGGAGAACAGGUAUACUAUUAUUGAACAAUUUUUCCCAAUAUGAUUGAAAAAUAUAAAAUUAAAUAUUGCUUAUUUUGCCGAAUACUGGCCCUAUUUGAGAAGGAAAUAAAUGUUUUGGUUAAUUUUAAAAAAGAAAGAAAAAACGUUUUUUGAUUUUGAUGUUGUUAAACUACAGCCUCCCAUAUGCCUUCCUUUUUUUGAAGGUAAAUACAAAAGAUUGAUUCUGCUAGCAAAUAGUAAUUCUGGCAUGGUUUUAUAAUAUCUCUGACACUGAUAAUAGAAAAUAUGGUGGUUUUGUGGAGCUUUUGUAGUAAAAUAAUGAGGUCAGACAAAUAAUGCAAAUAUUCCUAAUAAAGCUUAUGUUCAAUCAUGGCCACACUGCCUUUACUUCAGAAAGUUGAUGUUAUCCCUUGUUGUUUUUCUUGCACCGGCUGUUAUCUCAAGUUAAAAUUCUGGUCAUCAUUUUGGAUUAUGCAUGGUUUUAGUGUAAAAUGUGUGUUUUUAUGUUUGUGCAUUAAGCCCACAACUUUAGCCCCUGGUUCUGGGCUGGGUACAUUGCUCCCAAUUGUAGGUUAGAAUUCUGUUGCUUUCCAAGUGGUAGGCAGCUUUUUACCUCUGCCCUCACCAGCACAGAUUACCCCUUUGAUUUCAUUGCUUAAAUUCAAUAAGUAACUAGAUGACUGAAAAUUAUUUCUAGCUUAACAGUAUGAAGAGUAUUACAAUUAUGUUUUGCAUGGUGUUAAAGUAGGCAUUCAUACAUUAUUUUGAAAUGGGAAAAUCUGGUACAGAAUUAUAAAUGUUGCCUUUAUAAUAUAAGCUGAUUUACAUCUACCUUGAGAAUCUCUGGUGGCUUCACAUUCCAACUCUUGCACACUAAAGUGCCUUAAAAUAUAAAAUGAUACUGCCUAUCUCCAGCUAGGACUUUGGAAAAUAUCAGAUUUAUUUAACUUGCAUCGUGUUUGCCUCAUGUGAAGGUCAACUAUAUAAAGAUCUGAAGACUUCAUAUAUACAGAAAGAGCUCGCCAUGUCAGUAUUCCCAUUUCAAAAUGCCUCCUUUGAUUAUAACAAAUACUGCUACUAUACACCCUCAAUUUCCAGUCAUUCAGACAAACCUAUCCAGUACCAGGUAGCACUCCCUUUGACUCUAGAAUAGCCCUUUGAGUCACAAAUUCAACAAGGUGCCUCAAAUAUUCCUAAACAUUACUUUCCAUUCUGUUCCUGUAGGUUUUUCAUUCACAUGUGUUGUGAACCUCUCAUUCCAGCUUGACCCUAUUUUAGAUUAGCAUAUUGUUCAGGUAAUUGGAAAUGUAAGUCAUGUUAAUGUCCCAUGUUCAUGAAUCAACCUGAAAUGAUGUGUGCUUUGUGGCAUGGUGCAUUGUCUCACAAGGAAGCAUCCAAAGGUACCCAAUAAAGGGAUGCACAUGGCCUCUAGCUGUGAUUAGUUUCACUGUGGCAUUUAAAUGAUACUCAACCGGUGUUGAUGCCAAAGCCUGGCCUGAUGUUAUCUGUAUCUACUCUAGUUGCAGGAGCAGUGCCAGCUAAGAAUUUAGAGCCAUUUUGCAGGACUUCUUCCUGUGCCAUCCCCUUUGACCCAAAAAUUGAAGUGCAUUGUUUACCAGCCAAAACAACACUCUUCUUAUGGUGUAUUGAAGAGCUGCAAGUGAUGGAAUAGGCAUUUGGAGCUGACAGAUUAGGUCAUCACAUCAUUUUGAUGACACCACCACUCAAAAGCAAACCUAGAGUAGGUCUCAACAUGGGAGACUUGAACUAAGCAAUUAGAUUUCCAGACUGCCCAUACCGAGUCUUUGAAAGCCGUUCUAGCAGAAUAAUGCCACUCUAACACUAUGGAUAAUAGCAGAUGGAAGAGUUCUCACCACCAACUACUUUCAUGUUGUGUAGGUCUAAUAUUUGAAGGGAGCAGAAAGAAACAUGGCAGGAGUUGCUUUGCCAUAAAUACCCUAAGUGAAGCAUUUGACUCGACCCCGAAAGGAGAGUCAUCAAAGUUAGCCCCCUUUGAACAGUCUUCUGCUGUUCAUAGGAUCACAUCAGUUGUACUCAAGAAUAAAGCUUACCAUCCAAGAACAGAGGAGGACUUGCCAUUUAAGUAGAUGUCAUAAAAUAACCUUGCUUUUCUUGUAGCAGCCGCUACAAAAAUCAAGUGGAUUCAUCAUCAAUAAGAGCACAAUUCUAAAAGGUGCAUGGCCUCCUGUACCAGUGCAUUUUGAUCCCACAUAAGAUUUCGACACGCACAUUCUUUCUAAGCAUCCUCAAGUCUAUGGUACACAAACUGUUUACUGCACUUAGACUACUAAGAAAGAUGGUUCCUGUUCUGCAGUACGCCUCGUCUAUCAUCUGCCACCUGGGUAAAAGCACAAACACACUGCCUAGGAGAACAGCUUUAUAAAAAGUUGGGGCAUGCUGUGGUACCCCAUGUUACAAAGAAAAUUAAAAAGCACCUGGCCCUGAUGUAAAGUGAAAGUAGGUUGGCACUUAACUUGUGCACUGGUUUGAUUGUGAAAAGGGUGAGCGUUAAUUAGCAGGAGGUAGUUAAAGCACCAGGUUAGCAGUAGAUACAGGAAAUCACAGAUUGAACCUUAAGUGGCAAGAGAGCUUUGUGGAGAAAAGAAAGUAUUAAGUGACAGGAGAACAAGGACAGAGCAGUAAGGAACGUUCUGCGUUGAACAGAGGAGCUGUCCGCAGCAGGAGAGCAAUGGACAAAAGAGUUCUGGAAUCUAAGGAAAGCUGUCAGGAGAUGGUCACAUCUGCUGAGCAUUUUUAAAGUAGCAGUGAGGAUGUGAUAACUUUCAGAAGGGUUCAGCCCUGGGAGGAAAGUGUUUUGAGCUUAGCCGCAUGCAAAGCCAGAGAAGCUGUGCUAUGGGUGAGUCUGGAGCAACAGUGGCUGUGUGGCAAGUUGCUGGGGUGUUUCCUGAGAUCCAGAGGAUGAAGGGUCCAAGAGUGUGAUUAUUCAAACUAUGUGCGCGAGGCAGUUUACCAGGGUGCAUGUCUGGUGGGAUCUUGAAGAAGUACUGAACUUACAUGUGGGUUCUCUGUUUUGUGAGGCUCUCUGGAGAAAUGCUUGCAUGGUUUGACUGCUCAAUUAAAUCACUCUGUAGGUUUUAACUUUAUUUAAGAUUUUAAUUUGCUCUGACAUCUUCCUUAAACAUAUUUGUUUACACAUAAAUAAAUCUGCCCAUUUACACUGUUUUGUGUUAAGAAAACUGUUGUGUCCCAGAGCGAUUUGCCUAGUCCAUCCUUGGUAUUUACUUUCAGUGUUCCAGAAGAUGGAAGAUGCCCAUGGCAUCACACAUACAGGUACACACUUGUAGCUAGGACUGCAAAACUUGAAGAAACUGAAACAUUAGGAGUGAAACUAGUGUAACACUAAAAAAAAAAAAACUACUUGAGAUAACUUGUGAAGUACAAGAAUAGGAAAUCUUCAAACUAGAGAUGGUUUAUUUAAGGUCAUUUGAUUAGCAAAUUACCCAGUAUUCUAUGAAAUAGAAUUAGCAAGGCAGACAUUUUUGAAGGAUGUCUGCUUCAAGCACCUGAUCUUGUAGUUUGCUGAAGAAGUCUUUGUCAUUCUAUCUUGAGUGCUUUUCUCUACAAUUCCAAUUGUGCGUUUGAGUCAGCAUCAGAAAUAAUUGGGGGGAAAGAGCAAACAUGGCCCCAAAGCAAGCAAUUUUGCCUCAGAAAAUGCUGACAGAGUGACAUCGACAAGCUGAUUGGAGCAGCGCCAACUGUUCUGCCUGCACUGUACUAGUCCCUGGUGUUGAAGUGGGAGUCAAAUAUAAAAACCAGUCAAUCUGUACUUGUCCUCGCCUUUGGUCAUGAGCUCUGUAGGUAAUACGAUCAAAAGUACAAGCGUCAGAAAUAAGGUUUCUUAGCAGGGUGGUUGGGCUGACACUGCAUGAUAGGGUGAGAAGCUCUGCAAUGUUGGAGACCCUCAGAGGAGAAAAGCCAGUUGAGGUGGCUUGGAAAUGUAUGGAUUCCCCCUGAAUCCCAGCUGGCUCUCCCUGGAGCUGCUUAAGGCUAAUCCCGCUGAAUGGAAACCUUAUAGCAGACUUCAGGAAAUGCUGGAAGGAUUAUAUUUUUUGGAUGGCUUGCAAAUGCCUGAAAAUUUCCCAGGAAGAUUUGGGAUCCUAAUCAGGGAAAGUGGUCAAGGAGAUGAGAUAUUAAUGUCACUAAAACUUGUGUUUCCCUCAAUGUUAGCUUUUUUAAAACCGUUGGCCAAACCACUGUUUGGCUGCAUGAUGGUUCUUAUUUAUAAAGUGGACUGCUUUGUUGGCUGAGUGACCACUGACUAUUGAACAAGUCAGUCAACCAGUCACUGGUGUGAAAAAGUUUUCUGAAUUUUCCUCACGGUAGUGCCAGUGAAAAACAUUGAAAACCUAAAAAAUAUGCAAUACCAACAGACCAAGCAGCAUGUGGAAAUGGUUAAUGUCUGAUGAUGGUUUUUGAGUGAGUUUGUUGAAUUUGCUGGCUAAUUAUCAAAAAUAUUGAUAAUAAGUACUGUUUGGAAAUUUUCAGUAGUGGGUCUAAAAGUGUGGUCCACAAGGGUUUGCAAUGUGACUUUUUAAAGUGCUCAGCUAUAUUGGUCUGCUAUAUAGACAUUUAUUUAUAACUGCCAGACUGCUGUGCAACAUCUGCACUGUAACAUGAACAGAGAUCCAUGAGGAACAGUAAUACUACCGUGGCACACAUCAUUUGAAUCUCUUGUGAACAGUUGUUAGCUUUGAAAUGUGUGAGCACAUGGAGGAAGUUAACAAACAGCAAAUUAAUGGGGUUCAUGAACAAGUGACUAUUUUUAAUUAAUGAAUUGAAAACUGUAUGCCUUCUUUUGCUUGUUUUCACUUGUAGCUGCAUUUCUCGAACCAUAACUCUUUGAAUAAGCUGUAUGCUGAUAAAGUUACCAGUAUUAUAGAUAUAUGUCUUGCCAUAUACUAUAGUAAGGGUCCUGAAAUUUAAAAACCGUGGUUAGCUAUUUAAAACUAUGGCACAAUUUCUACUUUUUCUUCAAAUGUAAAUUUUACAUUUUAAUCUUUUUUUUUUAAAUGUAGAAUAAUUAAAACAAAAAAAGGACAGCUAAUUAAACAAUUAGAUCAAUUAGAAGUAAAAUGAUUGUGAAAGUGACUGGAACAAAAGCCUGCAGCCCAAGUGGGCCCCCAGGACUGAAACCUGGUUGCUUUCACCACCAUUUGUGCUAUUCAUGAAGUUGUGGGUACAGAAGAAUAUUUCAAAUGAAACAGAAGAGGAAACGUGAAGGGCCAACAGUUACUAGGCUGCCUGUUGCUAUCCCACCUUCAUGGCUGAAGGGUUUUUAUGGAUCAAUGGCUGAAACCCAGGGAUUUGAAAUGCAAAUCCAGUAUCAAUGGAUUAGUGUGUGUGUGGUUUUUUUCACCCGCACAUAAAUACUUUUAGCAAAAUAAAUGUGGUACUUGUGCAGUGAAAUUAAGCUAACAAGUAACUUUUGGCUCUGAUGGUCUGCUGUAUGUUUGAUCUUUGCAAACUGGUACCUGCCCUGAACUCCUUUUAAACACCACUGACUUCUGAAAAACAGGGUUUUUAUUGUAAUUAUUUGCUUAUGCUUUGAUUUAAUUUAGUAAAAAUGAAUGGAAAGUGAAUCUAUACACUGCUUAAUUUGAUAUAAUUCUGAUAUUGAUGAGACUGAUCAAUUUUCCUAUUCUAAUAAAGUGAAAUGUUAUUUUCUA